AUGAGGCUGUUUCAUCCUUUGCCACCUAAUGGGUAUUUAUGUAAAUUUUUAACAUGUGGCAAAACUUAUGAUUCUUUGAGCAAUUUUCGUGGUCAUCUCAAAAAGUAUCACCAGGGCGGUGGUGAUAUUGUGCAGCCACCCCAACAAGUACAGAAUCCCGUUAAUAAUUAUCAGAUGAAUGUUGACAAUGACGUUGAUAUGAAUGAUGGUGUUGAUAAUGUUGACAAUGAAUUUGAUCAGCCACCUGAACUGCAGGAUGCCCAGGAGGAAGUCACGCCUGAUAGUGUUUUAAGAUGUAUUAGCAAGUCUGCCCUGACCUUUGUCUCAAAACUAUAUUCUAUUGAUAAUGUUAAUCGAGCACAUGUAGAAGUAAUUGUGAAGCUUUCAUCCCAGUUCAUACAUUCUGUUGUCAGUAGUAUUCGCAGUAAAUUUCAAGAAUUUGACGAUCCUGACAUCGAGGAGAUUUUUGACAUUACGUCUAAUUCUUUUGAAGGGCUUCUAACUGAAAGUCAGAGAUUUACAGCUUUAAAGUCUUGUGGCUAUUUAAUUGAAUCCAUUCCCAUACCCAUAGAUUAUGCACAAGAUGUAGUUAAUAAUCCAGAACCUGAUUUAGCCCAACUCCCUUUGACCGGUCAAUUCGUACCUUUCAGAGAAGUUUUGAAGCAAUUUUUUGAAAUGCCAAAUGUGUUUGAAAAAACUUUGACAAAUUACGAAAAUCUUCUAGCCGAUGAAAAUAAUAUUUCUAACAUUGUACAGGGUUCAUUGUGGAAAGACCACAUUGCUCCGAAGUUUGAAGGGAAAACAGUUUUGCCUUUGGAUGUGAAUUAUGAUGACUUUGAGCCAGAUAACCUGGCAGGCUCUCACCAGGGGGAUCAUAAAGUAGGGGGAACUUACUUCAAUUGUCCUGUAAUACCCCAACAGUUUUUAGGUAGUUUAAAAAACAUGUUUGUCGCUCAAUUGAUUUUGUCUGAUGAUCGAAAUGUUGUUGAUGGUAACCACAAAGCAUUUCACUUGCUGUUAAAAGAACUUAAAUUUUUGGAAGAGGAGGGUCUUGUACUCACAAUUAAUAAUCAAUGUAGGAGAGUUUACUUUACUUUGGCAUUGGUAUUGGGAGAUAACGCUGGUUUGCACUCUGUUUUAGGAUUUGUUGAGGGUUUUACAGCGAAUUACCCAUGUAGAAUGUGCCGUAUGCACAAAGACUUGGUGAAAAGGAUGUUGUUUGUACCGGAAUAUUUAUUGCGCACUCCUGAGAAUUAUGCUAAUGAUGUUGCUACCAAUGAUCAGCAAUUGACAGGUGUUUAUGAAGAAUGUGUGUUUAACGAGGUUGGAUCAUACCAUGUAGCUCUCAAUCAGUCAGUGGACAUCCAACAUGAUGUUCUUGAAGGAGUGGCUAAAUACAGUAUGUGCAAAAUUUUGGAAAACUUAAUAUAUACUAGAGGGUAUUUUAGUUUAGAAACUUUAAUAUUAAGAGUAAAUGAUUUUUCUUAUGGUGUUCUAGAGAGUGGGAACCGACCGCCAUCACACAAACUUACCCAAGACAGAAUCAUGAAUGAUACUUUAAACUUUUCAUCUGCUGAAAUGUUGUGUUUUAUUCGGUUCUUUGGUAUGAUGGUUGGUGAUUUAGUACCACAGGGAGAUCCAGUUUGGGAGUUUUACUUAAUAUUAAGGGAAAUUGUUGACAUAAUCUUUGCUCCAUCAUUUUCUCCUGGCACUCCUGAGUAUCUGAAAUUAUGUGUAGAAAUUCAUCAUCAAAUGUAUUUGAAUCUCUUCCAUGUUCAUCUGAAACCAAAACACCAUUAUAUGCUUCAUUACCAUAUUAUAAUGAGGCUUAUUGGCCCACUUGUACAUGUUUCCAGCAUGCGCUGGGAGAGCAAACAUAGGGAAUUGAAGAUAAUUGCUAGAAGUACUUGUUCAAGGAAAAACUUGCCAAAAACUCUGAUAACAAAGUAUUUGUUAAAGCUAGGAUUUAGAUUUUUGUCUGGCUGUGCAUUGCAAAUGGACUACGAUUUGGGUGUAUCUGUGAGUGUGCCAAAAGCACUUGUUGACCCAGAGAGUAUUAUUGACCAAUUUGUUAAUCUCCACCCUGUACCUAUUAAUUUUGAAUGUCUUUCGUGGGUACGUCUGAAUGGAACAUAUUUUAGCAAUGGACUGGCACUCCAUGUUGGUUUUACCAAAGACUACCCAUCCUUCUGUGUGAUUGAUCGGAUUGUUUACCUUGGGCUGUCAGAAAAUUUUGAACCAAAUAUUGUUUUUGUUUGUCACAAGCUUGUUACAAGCUCAUUCAACAGACAUUUGUAUUCCUAUGAAGUUAAUGAAACCAAUGAUUGGCAUGCCGUUGCUUAUGAUGACCUUUCAACCAGUUUCCCACUCAGUACCAGAGUCCUUCCUCAAGGGGGCCUGUACGUGUGUCCAAGAUGCUGGCUUUGA